CUGUUUGUUUGGUUCAUCAUUCACCUCACUCUCACCUUCCUCCAGCCAUCACCUUCACAUCUUACACGAUCAAUCAGAGGUGUCUGAUAGACCAUGAGCUGAGCCUUCGCGACCUCUGCCAUCUCUCAACUUCCUCUCAACAAACAACAUGGAGGAUAUACAAGACUGGGCAGCACAGCUGCUAGGCAACCAUGCCGCCCUGCAAACCUACACGCCCUACCUUCGCCAAUUCUACUCAAUCGUCACCACCGCCCAAUCUUACAUCUACCCCCUCAUCGACAAAAUCACGCACAAACCCGACAUCGCCACCAUCGCCCUGCUGCUAGUCAUCCUCUUCAUCUCGCUCAAACUCCUCGAUCUGCUGUGGCAAACGGUGCUUUUCUGGCUGCGCCUGGCGAGAAGGGUGGUGUUCUGGGGAGGACUUGUCAUGCUGGGGUUGUGGCUUUACACGCGCGGGCCGGAGGGAGUGUGGGCGGAUGUGCAGUACUGGGUGGAUGUGUGGGGUCAGGAGAAGGAGUACUGGAAGGACAAGGAUCGUAUUGCGAGAAUGGCGAGGCAAGGCGGGAAGAUGAAGGGUGGGGCGGGCUCGUGGUUUUGAGGGACAUUGCAUGCUCGUUCUGGCGUUAUCAUGGGUCCAUGGAGACUUUGGGAGGUCAUAACUGAUGACUAGCGUUGGUGCUGAGGCGAAAGUGUUGGGCAAGUGCUCUGGCAUUGAGCGCGACGCAAAUGGUGAAUGAAGCUACAUAUGUACUGAUAAGGGAUGGGUGUUUUCCGAACUGGGAGGGAUAAUCGCGCGGACUGUCAUGCGUACCGCCCCUUCUUCAUGAUUUUCUAGCUAUUGCAUGCACACCUUGAUCUGAUUAAAACGCGCAAAUCGUUGGACUGGAUGAUGUUCGCCGUCAGCCUUCCCAACCUGAGGCUGCCAAGACGAAAGACAAAAGUCGUGGCUGCCGCCUGUUCUGCAAAACCUCUUUCCACAUAUCUGCACCUUUGAAUGCAUUCCUUCCCACU